GUGACUCUCUACCAGAGCCGGAUGAGGCUUUCAAGGACCGCAGCCCUUUACCGGGAGGGAUGGACUCCGUCUCGGCGCCCGGGAAGUGAAAAAGCAAGGAUCGGGGCAGGGGACCAACGGCCAGUAGAGAAGCAGCUUUCCACCAAUAGAAGCUCGGGCCGCGCAUGACGUCGAGGGCCAAGGAGGCGGAGCGAGAACGCCCCGGGAAAGGGGCGUGACGAAGUCUCCCGGAAGUGACACCAUCGGGGCGGUCCUCGGCUGCGUCGGCGCGCGGCCUGGGCUCGCGCUGGGCUCCGCGCGCCCCCCGCCCCUCUAUGAGGCCGAGGCCGCGGCAGCCGUUAGCGCUGUAGCUCCGGGGGCCGCGGCGGGCGGGGCUCCGGUAGGGCCCGGCUUAGUCCCCACCCCAGCCGGGCUCUCAGCCGUCCGCCCCCUCUCCGUCUCCCCGAUGCAGGGGGCCGAGCUCCGGGAUGGUGAGGCGGCGGCGGCGGCAGCCGCUUCGUACCGCGUCUUGAGCCGCCUGCUUGGCUACGGAGAGGCGGCCCCCGAGCCAGGCCCGCCGCCGCCGCCCCCGGGCCAUGGCCCCCCGCCGCCACCCUUCCUCGCGCGGCCCGGCUCGCGGGGCUCCCGGCCGCCCCAGCUGAUGGUGUUCCGCAACGUGGGUCGGCCGCCGGAGGAGGAGGACGCGGAGGCGGCCCCGGAGCCGGGACCGUCGGAACUGCUGUGUCCCCGGCACCGCUGUGCCCUGGACCCCAAGGCCCUGCCUCCCGGCUUGGCCCUAGAGCGGACCUGGGGCCCGGCAGCUGGGCUGGAGGCGCAGCUGGCGGCUCUGGGGCUCGGGCAGCCGGCCGGGCCGGGCGUCAAGACGGUCGGCGGGGGUUGCUGCCCGUGCCCGUGCCCGUGCCCGUGCCCCCCGCAGCCGCCCCCUCCGCAGCCCCAGCCGUCUGCUGCCGCCCCGCAGGCCGGGGAGGACCCCACGGAAACGAGCGACGCGCUGCUGGUCUUGGAGGGCUUGGAGUCGGAGGCCGAGAGCCUGGAGACGAACAGCUGCUCGGAAGAGGAACUCAGCAGCCCGGGCCGCGGAGGAGGCGGCGGCCGGCCUGUGCUGCAGCCCCCGGGCCCCGAACUACCCCCGGUGCCCUUCCCGCUGCAGGACUCGGCCCCGCCGGGGCGCUGGAGUAGAGGCGAGCAGCAGCAGCACCCGCCCCCGCCCCCGCCGCCUCCGGGGCCGCUCCGGCCGCUCGCGGGCCCGUCUCGGAAGGGCUCCCUCAAAAUCCGUCUCAGUCGCCUCUUCCGCACGAAGAGCUGCAACGGGAGCUCUGGCGGUGGGGAUGGGGCGGCCAAGAAGCCGUCUGGGGAGCUGGCUGCUUCAGCUGCGAGCCUGACGGACAUGGGCGGCUCUGCGCGCCGGGAGCCGGACGCGGGGAGGAAACCCAGACUGACAAGAACUCAAAGUGCCUUUUCCCCGGUCUCCUUCAGCCCCCUGUUCACAGGUGAAACUGUGUCGCUUGUGGAUGUGGACAUCUCUCAGCGGGGUUUGACCUCUCCACACCCUCCAACUCCCCCUCCUCCUCCAAGAAGAAGCCUCAGCCUCUUAGAUGAUAUCAGUGGGACGCUGCCUACAUCUGUCCUUGUGGCUCCGAUGGGGUCUUCCCUGCAGUCUUUCCCCCUACCUCCGCCUCCUCCACCCCAUGCCCCAGAUGCAUUUCCUCGGAUUGCACCUAUCCGAGCAGCUGAAUCCCUGCACAGCCAGCCCCAACAACACCUCCAGUGCCCCCUCUACCGACCUGACUCAAGCAGCUUUGCAGCCAGCCUUCGAGAGUUGGAGAAGUGUGGUUGGUAUUGGGGUCCGAUGAAUUGGGAAGAUGCAGAGAUGAAGCUGAAAGGAAAACCAGAUGGUUCUUUCCUGGUACGGGACAGCUCUGAUCCUCGUUACAUCCUGAGCCUCAGUUUCCGAUCACAGGGUAUCACCCACCACACUAGGAUGGAGCACUACAGAGGAACCUUCAGCCUGUGGUGUCAUCCUAAGUUUGAGGAUCGUUGUCAAUCAGUGGUAGAAUUCAUUAAGAGAGCCAUCAUGCACUCCAAGAAUGGGAAGUUCCUUUAUUUCUUGAGGUCCAGAGUUCCAGGACUGCCACCAACUCCAGUUCAGCUGCUCUAUCCAGUGUCCCGAUUCAGCAAUGUCAAAUCACUCCAGCACCUUUGCAGAUUCCGAAUUCGACAGCUCGUCCGGAUUGAUCACAUCCCAGAUCUCCCACUGCCUAAACCUCUGAUCUCUUAUAUUCGAAAAUUUUACUACUAUGAUCCUCAAGAAGAGGUAUACCUGUCUCUAAAGGAAGCGCAACUCAUUUCCAAACAGAAACAAGAGGUGGAGCCCUCCACGUAGCGAGGGGCCCCUGCUGGUCACCACCAAGGGCAUUUGGUUGCUAAGCUCCAGUUGUUGUGAAGAACCAAAUGAAGUUACUAUGAAAAGAGAAGUGAAAAACAAACAAACAAAAAACCAGAGGAAAUGAGAAUAGUUCUCUGUGCAAAGACUUUGGUUCCCCUGAAAACCCUGGGGCUUGGAAGAAGCACACAGCCAUACUCUGAGUGGGGGCUCCACUUGUUUUAUCUUGGAUGAGCUCCUUGGAAAACUUUAAGAAGUCUAAACACUGUUUCUUUCUUUCUUUUUCCCCUAGAAGUUUUAUUUGGGAUAUUUAUAUUUCUUGGUAUGAAGAAUUCACCUUAAAGGCAGCUGGGGUUUGUUUGUACCCAUUGUAUUGACGUGGUACAAAGGGUGAGCAAGUACAAAAUGGAGGAUGGGAGGGGAUCUUGCCAGUGAUGGUCAUUUAGUUGGUGCCAAAGAAGUAUGCCAGUUGUCACUAUUGACCAUGGGGAAGGAAUCAAAAGUGCAAAUCAAGCAGAGUUUCUGAGGGAUGAGUAUCUGCAUGGAUGGCUUCAGAAGGAGCUGGAAAGAGUAGGUGGUCUUUAGAAUAGAGUUCUUGACAAAACUGGCAAAUGCCCUCUGCUGUGAGAAGUAUCACUCCUUGAGACCUUUGAGGGCAUGGAGACCUGGCUGUAGAGUCAUCACUGGAUAAUUUUACUGAAUAUCUAAGCUCUCUGACUUCAAGUUAGCCCCGUUCUCCCUACAUCCACACCCCCCCCACCCCAGGAGAUUACUGUACAUUUCACUCCGAUCAUGGUAACAUCAUUUCUCCUGCUUCUGCCAGCUGUCAGGGCUGUAGUUUUUCUCAUCUUCUGAGCAGUUCGGCACAAUCAUGGACUGCUAAAGUAAUUGGAGCAUGCUUCCAGAUUCUUAAUGGUAAACCAAAUUCAUGGCUUAGGAGUCGAUGUUACAUACCUCCAUAUGUCAUCUAGUGAGAGGAAAUAUGGAGGAAGGCGAGAAAAAAAAGCUACUGUAGUUGUGCUCUUCCUAGAGUAAGCUCUCUAGUGCUUCAGCCUUAAUGGGAUUCUUCAGCUGAGAGAGGAGAAGAGCAUCCAUCACAUUUCACGUUUCUCAGUUUAUCAUUGUCAUCUCACUUCAAGAUUGGGAUGUAGCAAAGGAGUCUUAUUUUCCUGAGAUCUUUCUAGCAACCCAGCCACUUCCCUGAGUCAGAUCCUGAUUGCCCUCCUUUCAUUGAGAAGUCUGUCAGAUGCUGGUUUGAGAGUUGCCUGUCUUCUAGGUGGGGGUAGAGGAGGAAAGAGAAAAACCCCAGUGCUUUUCAGUGGUCUUGAUUUUUUUCUGAAGCUAGCCAUUAUCAAAUGCUGUAACACCAUGGAUUUGCUUUUAUGUAGAGUUACUCUGGGGAGAGGUUUGCUAUUAAGAUGUGAAAUUUGAGCUGUUUGGGCUUGAUUAUUCUUGCAGUAAGUGUUCUAUAAGACUGCCUUUUUUGGUUCCUCUAUGCUUAAAUAUCUGCCUCAUCUCAAAAGAUAAAUGAUAUCGUCAGGUUUGUGGUUUCCUUCUGGUUUUGGGUGAGGCCCCAGGGUCUUGGUAAUUUAUAGGUCUGCCUCAUCUGGAAGCAUUGGCCUGCUGCCAUAAAUUCAGUAUAGAAAGGUUUUUGUAAGUCUUCCUCCUUAUAACUGAAGAGGGAGGAAAUUUGACUGUAGGAGCUGGCCCAGAAAAUGAGCUUUGUGGCAAAAACACAACCCAUCUCUGAAAUUUAUCAGAGGAAGUACCUUUUCUCUCCUUGGCUGUCAUAGUAGUAUCACCAAAGUGUUAAGAUUCUGUGAUUCCAGAAAUGGGCAUAACUUGUAAAUGUUGCCUCUUGAAGAUGUAGACUAACUUUGCCAUCUUGCAGAAAGUGUCCCUGUACUAUAGAGCUGUAGUCCGAAAUCUGUUUGGAUCCUCAAGUGGCUGGGAUACAGCUGCCUAGAAUAUUUCUUUUUUGUUUUUAACCAUUUCAGUCACCUGUAAUUUCAAAGUUAUUUUUUAGUGUCUCUUUGCCUGACUUUGGUCUAGAUAUGGUGAAAAACACAGGAGUGGAUUAUAUGAUAGCUGGCCGAAGGUGACUGUCACAAAGGAAGCAGUUGGUGAGUGGCUCUGUUGUUGAGAGAAUCAAGAGAGGGUUAUCUUUAACAGAAAUCAGAGUGAGUAAAACCAGGGAAGACUAGAUGGUCUAGGAAGCUCUGUAGUGAUGGCACUUUGAAUCACAUGCAGGGCAAGACAGUGCGAUGAGAAAGAUAAAUGAGACUUUCUGCAUGGUCCAGCAGCAUCAAAGAAUCCUUUUAUCCAGUGAGCUAGGCCAAAACUUCUAGUUAUGAAGUAUGUCUACGUGCUGAAAGAUCAGAAUAGUGAAGUGGGUCCCAAAGUCAUCAUGGCAGAGACCUCACUGAUGUCAGAACAGCUUGUGUGAGGGAGGCAGAAACCCUGUGUCCUUGAGAGCACGCAGCUUUUCUUUGGAGACACUUGCUCAGGUACAAAAUCAAAGCAGCUGAGGAGGUGUGACCCAACCUCAUCAUAGUCCUUGUUCUCUGCCGGAGACAUUGUUCAUCUAUGUCUGUGGUCACAGCCCAGUUUGUAGCACAGUUCCUCUUCAGUUAAAUGGGCUAUAAGACAAACGAAAAGUAGUUUCCCUUAGGAGCUGUGGUGGAAGAAAGUGGGAUGGGCCAGUUGGCUGAGGUUCUAGCCUGGUUAGAGUAAAUAGGGAGGGAGCAGGAGCAGCUGGCCCAUCAUCCUCUGCACUGUCUCUUUACCAGUUCUGUGUAGCGCUGACCGAAAUACACUCUACCAAAGGAACUCA